AUGAGUAUCAAAACAGUGGUAUUCAAUGGCAAAGUGUUGCCCAAAUUGUUUGCUGUAUUGGCUCUAAGCUUACAGUGCGUGUGCAUCAACACCAGCAUCUCUGCCACAACCACUUCCAAUGAUAUCUUCUAUUUUGAAGUCAAAGAAAACUCACCACCGAAUACAUUCGUCGGCAAAAUAGCAACUAAGAGUGGUUUCACCUAUCGGUUCAAUGAAGAUCCGGCAGAAUUUGCUUUGGAUCCAAAAAGUGGUGUCAUUGUGACCACUCAGGUGCCCACAGAUAGGGAGACGAAAAACUUUUAUAAUUUAGUCAUAUUGUCUUCAUCACCAAUAUAUCCAUUAGAAGUUAAAAUAAAAAUAAUUGACGUCAAUGACAACACACCUCAUUGGCCAUCAUAUAUAAACACUAAUUUAUCGUUUAGUGAAUCAGCACCGAUAGGUACUAAAGUGAUCUUAGAUACAGCCAUUGACCCCGACGAGGGGUAUCUCAGAUAUCAAAUCAAUGACAACAAUCGUAAUAUUUAUAACACAAAUGCAAUGCCAUUCAAACUUAAUUAUAACACUUCCAGUGCUUUCCUUCAUCUCGAAGUCUCUGAUGUCUUGGACAGAGAAACUCAAAGCACUUAUGUGGUCAACAUCUCAGCUAUAGAUUCAGGACUUAAAUCCAGUUCUGUUUUAUUUAAUGUCAAAAUUUUGGACUCCAACGACAAUCCGCCAAUUUUCGAUCACUCAGACUAUAGCGUAAGUCUUAACGAAAGUGUUGGCAAAGAUGUAUCCAUUCUUCAAGUUAGAGCCACAGACGCUGAUGAAGAGGGCAAUGAUAAUAGUCGUAUCAGUUAUUAUCUUCUGUCAAACGAGUUCUUCUACAUUGAUCCUAAUACUGGAAUCAUAUUUACAGCACAGGAGGGACCUAUAAAUUGCGGUACAGUUACCGCUGAGGACAACGAUGACUAUUCUAGAGUGUGUGUAUUUACUGUGUUUGCUCACGACUACGGUACCCCUCGACAGGACGGCCGGACAUAUGUAACGGCAAAAAUUCAAGGCUCUAACAAUCACUCGCCGGUAAUUAAGUUCCGCUAUUUUUCAGGUUCAGAUCAGGUCAUUGUUGAUGAAAGUGCCGCAAAUGGUAGUGUUGUUGCGGCCGUUUCGGUAGUCGACUUGGAUCACGGCUUAAAUGGUAUGACUACUCUAGAUAUAGCUAAUGGCGACGAGUUGGGCCAUUUCAGACUGGACUCAAUUGGCAAUUCACAUAUAAUUAGAGUAAAUGGUACGUUGGAUAGGGAGAAGGCUUCGAGCUAUAACCUGACUAUAAGGGCCUACGAUAAGGGCACUCCAAUAAGGAGUUCCAGUGCUUAUCUUAAUAUUAUUGUUUAUGAAAGUAAUGAAACGUCAUCUAAAUUUAGUGCCAUUCAAUUAAAGUCAAUCGGUGUUAUACUUGUAAUCACAUUCUUCAUUAUCUUAAUUUUGGUGAUAUCUACAAGUUUUCUCAUAUUCCACAAUCAGAAGAAGAAUCACCUGAGAGAAUGUAAUACAAGUCAACGUAAAAUGACGGCCACUAUUAAGCCAUAUUUAUCUGCAACACCGUCUCCGCCGUCUACUUUGGCUCCACAGCUGCCACCGCCACCACAAUUGCCAUCACUACCAAUAGCACAACAACCAUCACUACCUACUCAAACAUCAUCGCCAACCCAUAACAUGCCCACCCGGUUGCCCACCAAACAACCGGAUGUCGUGUCGCCAAUAGCUGUGCCCCCAACCGAAGUCCUUCGACCGGUUCCACCAGCCGUUCCCAAUUCAAUCAUUCACUCGCAUUCAGACAAUUAUAAUGACAGUUACAGUAAUAUAUUGGCAAAUGGGGAACACUAUGACUUGGAAAACAUGUCGAGUAUCGCGCCGUCGGAUAUCGAUAUUGUAUACCAUUAUAAAGGCUUUCGGAAUCGAGACUCUCAGCCCUUACAUCACAGACACGCACCGUUGGCUCGACUCAGUCCAUCUGUUAGUGAAUUAUCUUCAAUGCCCAGAAUCUUAACAUUACAAGAUCUGAGUCCACCUCAAGUGCCUCCCUGUCCUCCUCCAGUCAAUACACGGACGGGCAAAGCAAAGCCAAGUGAUAAACACAAUAAAGAAGAUAAUAAUGAAGAAGAAGAUGACGACAACAAUACGGAUGACUCGUUCACGUGCUCUGAAUUCAAUGAAAACUAUGAACUCAACAAAAAAGAUAAAAACAUGAUUUUUCAAAGGGUUUGGUAG